GCGCCUCGCCCCGCCCAUCAAUAGCCCUGCGCACAUCCGGGCUCUGAGUAGUUCUUUUUCUCUGCGCGUCAUCACGGUAGCGCGGGAAGAAGACGCCUGGCCUGUGUUGCUGUUUGGUAGGAGAAGGGACGAGUGAGCAACCCUCGGCUGGGAAGAGUCCGGGACUCUGCUUAGAAGGGGGCAAAUGAAUUCCAGGAUGAAGCAGAAACUCGAGGCAGAGGAAUCCUCGACUGUGAAGCAGGGCUCUACAAGUAAUGCAAGUAGCACAUUCCAGAGACAAACUCUUAAGAUGAUCCAGCCAUCUAUAACAGGCUGUCUUGUUGGCAGGAUAAAUAAGACCAAAUCAUCAAUCAAGAGGAAACUUUGGAGUGAUCCGCCUAUUUCAAAGGCUUCCAAACCUGAAGUUGCUGUUGAAACGGAAUACAGAAACACAACAGGAGUCAUCCAAGCUUCUGAUCUUACAGUAAAAGGUAACCCUUCAUCUCGGUAUUGGAAGGAACUGGCUGAGGAGAGAAGGAAAGCACUGUACGAGGUGUUGCAAGAAAAUGAAAAGCUGCACAAAGAAAUAGAGUUAAAGGAUGGUGAGAUUGCUUGUCUAAAAGAAGAGAAUGAAGAGCUUGCAGAGCUAGCAGGCCAUGUACAAUAUAUGGCAAACAUGAUUGAGCGACUAACUGGACAGGCACCAGAAAGCCUUGAGACCCUGAAAAAUCUAGACCUGGAGGAAAUUGCAAAUGAAGAUGAAGAAAGUGAUUCUACAGAGGAGGACUUGGACUGUGAUUCCAAAGAGCAAAGUUCACAGCUCUUCAGUAAUUCUACACAGAAUGUCACAGACCUGCUUACAAAUGAAACAAGUAAUCAGUGAAACUAGUUUGCCUCUAAAAGGGGUGGGGUGGGGAAUGAACUGCCAGAGGCUGCGUUUCAUAUAUGGGAGGAGUGGAAUCCUCAGAAAAGUGAACAGUUGCUUAAGAUUCAGAGGGUGGGUUGUGCCUGUUAAUGUGUAGCAAUGCAAGUAACUUGUCUGUCUAAAGUAGACUGCAUCUGGUCACUUGUAUACAUGGAAAUACUAUGUAUUUCAGCAUGUAAAUAGUUUUAUUCGUGUGAUAUGAGGUAUGUAACUGCCAAAUAAACUUACUGUCUACACAACUGUA